AUGCCAAGAUCACCGAGCUGCACUCUUCACAGCUUUAUUGCUGAUCUACGACUGCUGUUUCUUAACAGGGCUUCUAUCUCAAUGAAAUUCUUAGACCAGAGGAUUGGGGCAUGCAGAGAUAUUCCUUUUAAGAUCAAGUUUAAGAUAUUACCCCUUGCCCUUCCUACCACCAAGAAAGAAGCACAAAAUUCAGUGAGCCUAUUAGGAUUCUGGAAACAGCACAUUCCUCGCUUGGAUGUGUUACUCUGGCCCAUAGACCAAGCGACUCAGAAAGCUACUAGCUUUAAUUAGGGCCAGAAACAGAAGUCUUUUUAACAGGCCCAUGCUCCUAUGCAGGUAGUUAUACGGCUUGGACCACAUCCAGUAGACUCAAUGGCACUUGAGAUAUCAGUGGCAGAUAGGGACGCGAGUCUUUGGCAGACAUCCAUAGUUGAAUCACAAAAGAGACCUUUGGGAUUUUGGAACAAGGGAACACAAUCUGUAGAUAACUAUUUUACCUUUGAGAGAUAGCUGUUGUCCUGCUAUUAGGCCUUAGUGGACACUGUUUUGGCAUUGUGCCACCAAGUGACCAUGCUACCUGACCUGUUCAUCAUGAGCUGUAUGUCAUCUAAUCCACCAAAUCAUAAAAUAGAAAAUGCAGAGUAUAAAUACAUUAUCAAAUGGAAGUGUUACAUCCGUGAUUGUUCCCAAGACAGUCAGUCUCGUUCUGCAGUCAUCCCUAUUGUUGCCCAAAUGGCUCAUGAACAAAAUGGCCACGGUGGCAGAGAUAGGGAUUAUGCAUGGUUUCGAAAACAUGAACUUCUACUCAACAAAGCUGACCUGGCUACAGCUGCCACUGAGUGCCAUAUCUGCCAACAGCAGAGACCAACACAGAGCCCAGGUAUAGCACUGUUCCCGGGUGACCAGUCAUUGACCUAGUAGCAUGCUGACUACAUUGUACUGCUUCCUCCAUGGAGAGGACAGUGCUUUGUCGUUUCUGGAGCAGAUGGUUACUCUGGUUAUGAAUUUGCCUUUCCUGCACACAGUGCUUCUGACAAAAUCAUCAUACAUGGACUUAUAGAGUGCCUUGUCCACCAUCAUGGUUUCCCACACAGUAUUGCUUCUGUAGGAACUCACUUCAUAGUCAGGGAAGUGUGGCAGUGAGCCCACAAUCAUAGAAUUCACUGACCUUACCUUCCCCAUCAUCCUGAAGCAGCUGGCUUGACAGAAAGAUAGAAUGGCUUUUUGAAGAUGCAGUUACAGCUCCAAUGUGGCAGCAGCCUGAUGGGCUGGGGCAAGGUUCUCCAGGAGGCAGUAUAUGCUUUGAAUCAGUAUCCAAUAUAUGGUAUAGUUUCUCCUAUAGCCAGGAUUCAUGGUCCAAGAAUCAAGGAAAGAAACCAAGGGGAUAGGUCCAUUCACUAUCAUCUUACUGAAUGACUAUGAAAAAUUUUGCCUCCUGUUCUAGUAAUAUUAAGUUCUGAUGGUCUAGAAGUUUUGGUUCCAGAAUAGGAAACACUCUUGCCAAGGUAUACAACAAACAUGCUAUUGAAUUUGAAUCUCAGACUUCCCCCUGACCACUUCAGGUUCUUGAUGUCCUCAGGCCUACAGACAACGAAAGGCACAACAGUGCUAGGAGUUAUGGAUCCAGAAUACCAAGGGGAAACUGGACUGGUUCUCCACAAUGGAGGUGAGAAGGAUUGCAUCUGGAGUGUAGGAUAGCCUUUAGGGCAAUUGUUAUUGCUACCAUGUCUUGUGAUUAAAGUGAAUGGGAAACUAUAACAGUCUAAUCCACACAGGAUGAUAAGCGGCACAGACUCAUUUGGAAUGAAGGCAUAGGUCACUCCUCCAGAAUAAGUGCCAAGACCUGCUGAAGUGCUUGGAGAGGACUCAGGUAGAACAAAAUGGGUAGUAGCUGGGGGUAGUUAUACAUUCCAAUGAAGGCCACGUGACCAGUUGCAGAAACGAAGAUUUUAA